AUGCACCGUCUAACUACCCCUGGCUCGUCAUCAACUCGCCCACUACAGUUCAUCAACAAAUCCGGACCACCAGCACCUCGGUCAAAGCCUCAGCAGCCCCCAGGCUUAUACAUCCAGACUCACUCGGCGAUGCAGCAGAGGGCUCGAAAGAAAAUACGAGAGGAAGGCAAAGUCAAGCGCACAUCAAACUGCUUCAUCCUAUAUCGAACCCACGUCCACCCCUUCAUCGUUGCUCGCUAUGGUCACCAAAAUAACAAGGAGAUCUCCAGACUUGCUGGCCGAUACUGGAAGAAUGCACCCGAGUCGGUCAAGAGCUUCUACCGUCAACAAGCCGCGGAGGAGAAAGUUCGCCACGCAGCCCUGUACCCAUCCUACAAGUACACUCCAGCCAAGACGGCGUCCAAAGACGAUGCCAACGCCAAUUCUGCGAAAUCAAAAGCCCAGUGUCCGCGGGACAAGCCAACUCGGCUCUCACACCCUCCGGUCAAGCCCUCCUCCUCCCCAUCCGUCCCAAGUACACCCCUGCCAUUGCUGUAUGAGCCUGAAAGCACCAAGGAUGAUGCUGAGAAACCUGCGGCGGACGAAUCAUCCGAGCACCCUUCGCUCCCUCAAGCCGUCGAACGUGACAAGCCAGCAGUCAGCGCUGCACACUCUACCGCUACGAGCAAGCUUCCGAAUGAGCGUGGCUUUGUCGUGACAGAGACCCCCUUGUUCGACUUUAGUGGGAACGCCGAUCUCAGCGAGAAGAAGCGAAGCUCUAAGAGUCGGACAGGAUCUCGACCUAAUCGACCUGGCCCACAGUUGCCUGACCUGGAGGACCCACUGUCGUUCGAGAUGGCACGUGGAUCGAGUGCCACAGGUGCAACUCCAGUAAGCCCUUUCACGUUUGUCCUUCAAGGACCUACAGCGCCCAAAGCCCCACUCCCCGUAGGCCCGAAGGGAGUGUCUGGGCUGACCCAAGCUCUUCCCUAUCAACGGUCUGAUUCCCAGGCUGCAGCUGCUCCCUCCAUACCCGCCUUCCUUCGAACUCCCGUCUCAGAGACCCCUCCUGGCUGGAGUAACAUGGUCAGCCAUUUCCAAGUGUCUGGAGCUGCACUUGAGCAGCAGUGGCCUGUUUCACAGUCAUCGCCAUUACUAGACAUGACGGAGCCCCUGAAUGCUUUGUUUCAGGGUAAUAUCGGUGUCUCACCUAGUGACACUAGCGCGGCACAGCGUCUUGCAAAAACUCUCGUCCAGUCGCCUCUGCCAUCCGUUUCUAUCCAGAUCCCUGUUCCAUCGGCAUCUACAGCAAGCCAUUUAUCUGGGUCCUUUGAUUCCCCAAUUUAUAUUCCUGCCGUCCCCGCAGGCACAAGUCUCGGAACAAGUAGCUUCCCUUGGCAGUUGGAUGCCAAUCUCGACGGCUCGCCAGACUUUCCAUUUUUGUACACUUCUGGGUCUCUGUCUACCGCGCCAAUGAUGCUGUCCUCUGCUCCAGAGCACAGUCAUUUUACUCUCGGUCAUCUACCCCUGCCUACGGUAUCUUCUUUCGUGGAUGGUUUCGAGUGUGUUGGCCUCGAGCAAGAGUUGUCAAGCUCCCACGUGUCCGACGAUAUAUAUAACGACGCCACAUGGAGCCACUCUUUCCGGAUGCCGUCUCCAAGUAUUUCAGACCUUGAUCAGCAGCAGCUGUUGUCCACCUCAAGCAGCAACUCGUCUCUGUCGUCAUCCUUAGGAUCCAUCUACCCUGACAUUGCCAUCUCAGCCUGGACCACCCUUGCAGAGCCCUGCGGCCCUUCGCCAGUAUGUCUUUCCAACGUCAGCAGCCCCAGCUUCAACAACAUCAACCUUGCCUACGAUAACGACAGCAGCAGCUGCUGCAUGAACAUUAGCGACAUCAACGCAAAGGUUGACGAUGGUCAUGCUCUCGUGCCCAUGUCAUUGGGCAGCCAGACACUUCCCUGGGGUGAAGAGGAGCAACUGAAAAUGAGCAUCUCCUACUUUGAAGACAUCGUUCAACAACAAAAGGCGCUUCUCUCUCUCCGACAGCAGUGGCGACAACAGGCGCUGGUCGUACAACCAUCAACAUCCACCAUAGUAGAAUGA